AUGAAGUGGUACAACCCCUUCGCGUUCCGUCCGGCACAGGUCACCUUUUGGACGACUCUGCUGUAUAUCGCGAUUGGAGUCUCUAUCAUCUACGUUCAGGAGACGGUCCCACCUGCCCCCGAAGACCCACGCCCCUUACCCGGCGUGGACCUAGAUGAUGCGUGGGCCGACUUGACGACCAUUACCAAGGCUUUCCACCCUUACAAUAGUAGGUUCAACGAAGAUGUGAGGGACUACAUCGUGGAGAGGCUACAGGAGAUCUUGAACGCAAACGGCGUGCGGUGGACGUCUGAGCUGUCGUGGCAUAGUAUCUCGGCAUCAAACAAGAAGUUCGCCGAGGCCAACGCUCUCUCCGAGAAGAACGCCAAGGCCGUCAUCUUCAAUGACUUGGUGUCCAAUGUCACGGCUACGCUAGGUAGGAGCAGCAGCGCGGCUAACGUGGAUCCAACCUGCGGUUUGGGAACCUACUUUGAGGGGUCCAACAUCAUCGUUUACAUACGUGGCACCGACGACGAUGAAGGCGAGUGGUGGAAGAAGGCGCCUCACGAGUGGUCGGCUAAGCACCACGGUGUCCUAGUGAAUGCGCAUUUUGAUUCGGUCUCUACUGGCUAUGGAGCUACAGAUGACGGCGUCGGCACCGUGUCUAUCAUGCAGAUGAUCGGCUACUUUACCGCCCCUGGGAACCAGCCCAAACACGGCAUCAUCGCCCUCUUGAACAACGGCGAAGAGGAGUACUUGUGGGGCUCCCGCGCCUUUGGCGCCAACCCCGUCGCGCCCUUUGUCCACACCUUCUUGAAUCUCGAGGGCGCCGGUGCCGGCGGCCGUGCCGUGCUCUUCCGAUCGACCGAUCUCGAGGUAACCAAGGCCUACGCCCAGUCCCCUAGCCCCUUUGGCACCGUCGUUGGCUCCGAUAGCUUCGCUCUCGGCCUCAUCAAGAGCCAGACGGACUACAUCGUCUUCAACGAGGCCUAUGGCGCGCGGGGGCUCGACGUGGCCUUCUACGAGCCCAGAAGCAUGUACCAUACCAUGCAGGACGACACCCGCCACACCUCGCGCGCCAGCCUGUGGCACAUGUUCUCCGCCACCCUCAGGACCAUGGAGUACCUCUCAGGCGAGGCCGGAGACCAGUUCGUCGGCCCCCGCCCAGAUAAGGACGUCGGCAAGGUCCAAAACGGCCACGGCAGCGACGGCGUAUGGUUCGAUUUCGCUGGCCUGUGCUUCGCCCUCGUCGGUUUGCGGACCUUUUUCGCCUGGUCCUUGACUCUGCUCAUCACCUCUCCCCUCUCCCUUAUCCUUGUCUCGUGGAUCCUCACCAAGAACGACAAGUAUUACUUCUUCUCCAGCAAGGUCUCUUCCCACGAUAGCGUUGGUGGCAGUGAUUCUGCCGCCAUCAAUGGCUGGCGCGGUUUCUUCCGGUUCCCCCUCGCCAUGAUUGUGGCGAGCGGUGCGGUCGCCGGGUCGGCGCUGCUGUUGAGAAAGUUUAACCCGUUGAUUGUGUACAGCAGCUCCUACGCUAUCUGGGCUUUGAUGUCUUCGCUAUUUUACUUCUCGCUGUGGGUGAUCAUGCGGGGUGCCAACGCCAUGCGGCCCAGUGCCCUCCACCGCGGCUACGUCUUCAUCUGGCUCUUCACCAUCACCUGGACUCUGCUCAUCGGAGUCACCGUGCUUCAGGACAGGCUCCGCAUUGCAGCGGGCUACCCCUUUGUCAUUCUACACGCCUCCACUUCCCUCUGCCUCCUCAUCUCCCUGUGCGAGCUCUUUGCCCUUCCGGCCAAGAAGGAUUUCUCCCGUUGGUCUCAGGUGCCCCCUGCUAGCGCCGCCUCUGUUAUCUCGAGGGAGUCAAUCCACUCGCGCGACCGUCUGAGCGAGGUCAACGGCGCGUCGUCUUCCAAGGCGCCUAUCGAUGAUGACCGCGAGUCUUCUGAUGAGAGGACGCCGCUCAUCAUCAGUCGAAGCACAACCCGAAGCGACAAUGUCGGCCGCACUGCCUUCUCCACCAACUACCGUCGCUCCCUCGGUUCAAUCGCCGACGAGAUCCACGGCCAUGCUGAAAGGCCCGGCCCCAACGGCGUUGAGCCCUUCCAUCUUGAGCAAGAGUGGUCGGCCCAGCUGCCAAGCUGGACCUGGCUGCUCCAGCUUCUCAUCCUCGGACCCUCCACCGCCUGGUUCUUUGGCCAACUUGGCCUGUAUCUGACCGCGGCCCUCUCCGCAACGGGUGCUGAUGGUUCUUCUCUUUUGGUCCCCUACGCGGCCAUCGGCCUGUUCGUGGUCCUUUCCUUCCUCCCCGUUACCCCUUUCAUCCACCGCGUCCCCCACCAGCUGCCUCUCCUCUUCUUGGGCAUUUUCGUCGGUACCCUCUUUUACUCCCUCGUCGCCUUCCCCUUUUCACACAACAGCACCUACAAGAUUCUGUUCCAGCAGACCCUAGAUCUUGACACGGGCGCCUCUACUAUCGCUAUUGACGGGCUCGAAGAGUUUGUCCGGCCUAUAAUUGCCGAGCUACCGUCCGCCGCCAAGAAGGAGGUGACGUGCAAACCCUCGACCCAUCAUAUGCUUACCACGUGUUCUUAUGACGCCUCCGCUGUGCUCCCCAACCUCCAGCCUGAGGUGGUCCUGCCGGCUGACACACCGCGCGAGAAGCGCUUCCGGAAUCUUGUCUCCUUCAACGUAAGCCAGCCCGAUGGGCCGCAGUCGAACCGGGCCGUGUUUGAGAUUGACGCCGCCAACACCAAGACGUGCUUCCUUAUUUUCCACAAUAAACACGCCACCAAGUUCGAGGUCGAGGGUGGCACCGAGUGGGACCCUCGGUUCGGACCCUUCCACGACCAUGGGCUCUGCCAAGUCCGUCUGUGGCGCCGCGAUUGGAACAAGGUCUGGCGCGUUGCCGUGGAGUGGGACGACGUCCCAGAGUCCCUCGGCGGCGCCGAGCAGGAGCUGGGCGUUCCCGCUGAGAUGGAGGUGGGCCAUGACGGGGAACUACGCGUGCGGGGUGACAAGCAUGCUAGCAACAGGCUGGAGGGUGAGGUCGCGUGCAUGUGGGCCGACGCCAACGACCCCGAGAUGAUGCCGGCCUGGCAUGAGGUCGUGCAAUUCUCGCCCGUGUGGGUAUCAGUGACCAAGGUUGGUGAAGGGCUCGUGGUGGGGACGAAGAAGUUUACAGUGUAA